AUGUAUAGUAUAACUUCCAGAAGCAUAUUUGAUUUAUCAACAAGAUGUGUAUUACAUUUCCUGUGUAUUACAUUUCCAUGUAAUUAAUACAAUAAUGUGCAUAAAAGCAGAUGUAUAAUCCAUUUGAAGAGGCUUUUAAAAGUAACUAGUGUUCUAGUGUAGUGGAAUAGAAUACCUUAUACACCUACCAAGUCACUUGGAGUUGAUACACCCCUUUACAAUACUUGAAGUUAUCAUUGUAUUUCUAUCGUAAUUGUUAGUGUACCCACAUUGCUUAAGGGAAUCGAUUGUUGUCUCCUUAUGUGGUUUUCGACAAUCCUUAUCUUACGCGUUUGGGGUUGUUAGACCCAGUCCAUUUUCUUUACGUGAUAUUAGAUCCAUCUCUACCCAAUGUUGGGCUUCAUCUGAUAUGUCCCCACACUUCAAAUGUCUAGACAUGAGCGUGCAUCGGGUGUUAGAGUAUCCUACAUUUGUUGAGAGAAUAGGUCGUUGUCUCCUAUGUUGCUUGGAGGUGCGGAUAUCCGAUCCGGUUGUGAAUCUAAAGGUCAGAUUCUUCAAUCGCAUAAGUUUUAGGAUUCGGGGGUAUGGAUCCAACUGUGGAUACGGGUGCUGGGAUACGACCAAUAAAUGUCUAUUAGGAUAUAUAAAGUAUAUAUUUUGAUUAGUUAAAGUUAUUGAACUAAGACUAAUACAACUUCAUACUAUAUACCCAAUCAAUCUAUACUUCCCGGUCAUAGAAAGUGUUCCCAAGAUAAGGUGACCAAAUUCGGUAUGGAUCCCACACACCCUGUCGCGUUGACACGGGUGCGGCAGAAAUUUCUAAGAGUCUGUGCAACAUAGGUUGUGUCCUUACAUGGUCUUGCAUAACUCUCACCACAUAGUUAGCUUUUGGAUUGAGUUAGAUACAAGGUUCAUUUUCUUUACAAUUAUAUAUAUAUGUCUCACUAUCCUGUUUUCUUUUCCUUUCUUAAAUAUGGGUUUAGGGUGGUGGUGGUGGUGGAGGGGGUACUAAGAGCAUGUUGAUGCAGAAACUGUUCAAAUUUCACAGUAUCAGCUAGUAUCAGAAGAAAGGAAACACAUGGAUAUUUGACACUAUAUAUAUAGAAUCUUCAGACAGCUCGAGAUGUUAAUAAAAAUGAAGUCACAUUAUUGGUUGACUUUUCCUUGCUUAACACCUUACGAAGUAGGGCAGUUUUAGUAUCAGCAUAUAUACUGGCAAUUAGUGAGUCAGAUCAUUAAGACAUUCUCUGUGUUGCUAGAUGCAUUUGUUGUCAUAAUAGUUAUGGCUGAUUCCUUAACAGGUUCUCAAUUCUUUGCCACCUAUUUUUCUGCUCAAAAACCCUUCCUUUUACCCCGACUUGUUUCCCUUCACUACCCAACUCUUGUCAGAAGAAGAGGAAGAAGAAAAUCACUUCACAUUGCUUUCUGCUCCACACCCACUUCCCCAAAUAUUGAUGUCAUCUCCACCCAUGAGCAUUCUGAUGGCACUGUACUGUUUCGGUUUGGGGACCCAAGCGAGGUAGCGAAAGAGAAUGAAUUGGAGGAACCCCUUUUGGGGGUUGAAGAGGUGGAAAGGGAUGGUGAGGAGGAAUUUAGUGUGGUGAAGGUUUUACAUGGUGGUAAUGAGAGAGAAGUCAUUGUCAAGAAAGUAGAGAGAGAAGCUGAGGGUCAGGCUGUGACUGUGGCCACUGAUGCUGGUGUCUCUGAAUCAGUAGCAACUAACAACAGGAGUAAUGAUUUUGUUGAAAAAGAGAUUGGAUUGUGUGAAGAUUUUCCCGCUGAUGAAAUUGGUUUGGUUUCACCUCUACGAAUUCAAGAUCAAUCUGUGGCUGAAGUCGAUAUUGAGAAUGCAGGAUAUGUUGAGGAGAUUUUUAAAAAGAAAAAUGAUAGUGAAGCUUCAGUUCCACCACCAGAUAAAUUCCAAUCCUUCUUUGGAAAUUGA